AUUUGAUUGCUGUUGUACAUUAUGAUUGUAUAGUAUAAAUGUCUGUGUAUACGUUUAUAUAUACAUGCUGUCAUAGUUCUUGAAAAAAUUUAUAAUAAUAAUAUAAUAAAUUUAGAAUAUUCAACGAUAAUGACAGCAGUUAAACAAAAUACGAAACGAUCAAAAUGGGCUUUGGAUUUUGCUCACAAGAGUAAACAAGAAAAAAAUGCAGAUAUUGCUUCACCACCAGGCUAUACACCUGCUGUUGCUUUAUUUCAUGCUGCUGAUUCAAUUCGAGAAUCAGAUUCUAAUCAUUUAAUAAUUAAAAAAUCAUGGGAUUUAGCUUUAGGUCCUCUUAAACAAGUCCCAAUGAAUUUAUUUAUAAUGUAUAUGGCGGGUAAUUCCAUAUCAAUAUUUCCUAUUAUGAUGGUUGGUAUGUUAAUUAUUAGACCAGUGAAAGCAUUAUUUACUCUUCAACAAACAUUUAAAGUAAUAGAAGGAACACAUGCUUUUGGACAAAAGUUUGUAUAUUUUUUAGGACAAUUGGUAAACAUUGCACUUGCAUUAUAUAAAUGUCAAUCAAUGGGAUUACUCCCAACACAUGCAUCUGAUUGGUUAGCAUUUGUAGAACCUCAAGCACGAUUGGAAUAUUCAGGUGGUGGAUUUAUAUAUGUAUGACACAAGAUAUAAUUAUUUAAAAAUAUACUAUGUACAUUUAAAGUAAA